AUGGCCAAGAGGGAGUUUCUCAAGGCCAUGAGAAAGGUCUUCUGGGAGCUCGAUGUCGACGAAGAUGGUGGCAUUACUAUGGAGGAACUGCGGAGACGAAUGCAGGAUCCUGAGAUCGGCGCCUAUUUCAGCCAGUUGGGCGUGGAUUCGGAUCAGGUGGGCAAGCUCUUCCUCCUGCUGGACCGCGACCAGUCGGGAUCCCUCGAUCCCGAAGAAUUCAUGUUUGGCUGCCUGAAGCUUCGAGGAGCGGCCAAGAAUCUAGACGUCGCUGUGCUUCAUCAAGAGGUCCAGUGGAUUCAUGAGACCCUUGAGAUCGUAGUUGCGAGUUUGGAUUCGGCUGGACUCCGCAGUGCAAAGACCAGCCGCGCCGGCCCCACUUCCCUUGCCGGCGCGGAGGUCGGAACGCCCUCCUGCCAGUCGUGGGAUGGGUUUGGCACCGCACACACCCCAGCUUAG